CGUGGAGAACCUUCCCUCAGCGUGAGGAACCUUGUCCUCUGCGUGAAAAAGCUUGUUCUCAGCGUGAGGAACCUUGUCCUCGGCGUGAAUAACUUUGUCCUCAGUGUGAGGAACCUUGUCCUGAGCGUGAAGAACCUUGUCCUCCACGUGAAGAACCUUGUCCUCACCGUGAGGAACCUUGGUCUCAGCGUGAGGAACCUUGACCUCAGCGUGAGGAACCUUGGUCUUAGCGUGAGGAACCUUGUCCUAAGCGUGAAGAACCUUGUCCUCAGCGUGAAGGACCUUGUCCUCAGGGUGAGGAACCUUGUCCUCAGCGUGAGGAACCUUGUCCUCAGCGUGAGGAAACUUGUUCUCAGCGUGAAGAACCUUGUCCCGAGCGUGAGGAACCUUGUCCCCAGCGUGAAGAACCUUGUCCUCAGCGUGAGGAACCUUGUUCUUAGCGUGAGGAACCUUGUCCUAAGCGUGAAGAACCUUGUCCUCAGCGUGAAGAACCUUGUCCUCAGGGUGAGGAACCUUGUCCUCAGCGUGAGGAACCUUGUCCUCAGCGUGAGGAAACUUGUUCUCAGCGUGUAG